AUGCGGUCUUUCUCUCCCUCGCUCAGCGCUGGCUCGCUUUUCCUCGCCCUUCUGGCCGCCCCCGUCGCAACGGCGACUGAAAAGUACCAGCUGGUCGAGAACUGGCAAGGGGAUGGAUUCUUGGACUACUUCAAUUUUCACGUUGGCAGCGAUCCGACCAAGGGCUUCGUGCAGUAUGUCGACGAAUCACACGCCCGAGAUGCAGGUCUUCUCCGGGUGACCGAGACUGGCAGUGUGUACAUUGGAGUCGAUCACAAGACAACGUUGAAAACUACGGACCAGGGCCGCGAGUCGGUCCGUAUUGGAACCAAGAAAUUCUAUGACCAUUCCUUGGUCAUUGCCGAUCUGGCUCAUAUGCCUGCCAGCACCUGCGGAACGUGGCCGGCCUUCUGGUCCGUGGGCAAGAACUGGCCUCAUGACGGUGAGAUCGAUAUUAUUGAAGGCGUCAAUAUGCAAAAUCACAACGAAAUUGUCAUGCACACUGCUGGAACCUGCAGCAUUACGGAAACGGGUAUGACGGGAGCCGUUAACGCUACGGGCUGUGGUGAGGACCUGGGAACAGUAGGCUGUGUCAUCGAAGGCCACGAGGGUAGCUACGGUACCUCCUUCAAUAAGCAAGGAGGUGGUGUCUAUGCGAUGGAAUGGACCGAGAAAUUUGUCAAGAUCUGGUUUUUCGCUCGUGCCUCGAUUCCUGCGUCUAUCACAAGCGGCCAGCCCGACGUCACCGAGUUUGGUACUCCUAUGGCCCUUGUGCAAGACGCCUGCGAUGUUGCCAGCAGCUUCAAGUCCCAAUCGUUCAUCUUUGACACCACUUUCUGUGGUGAGUGGGCUGGCAAUGUCUAUGGCAAGUCUGGUUGCCCUAUGGCUGGAUCUGACCCCAUGACGAGCUGCGUCAGCUACGUCGCUCAGAACCCCGCUGCAUUUGAGCAGUCUUACUGGGAAAUCAACUCGGUCAAGAUUUACCAAACCGGCGUCGCUGCCAACGCGAUUCUCCAGCCCGUGCACUCUUCGGUCUCGACCCACUCAACCGCCCAGGAAGCCACCAUCGCGACGGCCCCUGCCCAUCCUGUCCAAUCAACAAUGACCGCUCCCGAAGCUCCUCCAGCUAGUCAAACUCAUUCAGCUCCCCAAGUUACCGACGUCCCCCAUACCACUGCUGUUGCACCUGGUGCCACUGGCUAUCGCUCCGUCCCCGGCCCCAUUGUCGAGACUCUUGCUGGUCAAGACUCGACUUCUUCGCCCGCGACGAGUAUGCCCACCGAUGUGCCCAAUCCCGUCACCCCUGCUGGCACUGUCGGAGAGCUGGGUGCCGAUGGUGUCUCCGUCGCUGGACAACCUGAGCAGAGCCCUACCAAGCAGUCCGUGACCAAGUUCGUAACAUCGACCACCACUCUGUGCCCCAUCGCCGAAUCCUCUGCGUCUGCUGCCCACAUGUCCCAGAAUAACGCCGCUCCCGAGGGCCCUGUUGUGACUACCAAUGCUGCGCAUAUCCCUGCAACCACUACCAUGGAAUCGAUCGUCUCUGCGCCUUCAAUUACGACACAGCCGGCCCAGCAAAUCCAAACGCAACCUGCCGCUGUAAUCACAGCCAUGUCCGUCCCAGCAGACGUUCUUUCCUCCGGUGCGCAUGUUCCCGACAGCACGGCGACUGGGCUUCCCAAUGGGGCUGACCCCGUCGCCGCCACUGAGUCUGGAAACAAAGUCACAUCCGACCGGCCCCUGCCAACUAUUAUUCCAGCCCCGGGAGUAUCCAUCGGGUCUGGGAGCUCAGCGCCGGCUAUUGUUGUAUCCCACGCCAAGCCCACUCCCAUGGCUAUCGCUACCGCAAAUGACAUCGAUUUUGCCGCUGCCAGCUCCAUGCCAGGAUCAUCCAGUACCGCGGCUGCUCCCGUCUUUACGCCGUUCACCGGAGCUGCAGGUAGAGCAUCCGUGCAGCUGUCCGGUCUUAUCGCGGCGUUCAUGGUCGGCUUGGUGAUUUAA